CUGUUCAUGGUGCUGAAUACCGUCGCGAUCUGCAGGAGAGGAGCCGAACACAACAUUGGUCAACGUCUGCACCCCAUUCGCGCACUAUUUUUAAUCUAGGAUAGUUUUUUAUUUUUGUUUCAACAGAUACCGUUUGAGAACUGACAAUGAACACGCAGUUUUAGCAAGGUGUGCGAUGGAUUAGUACAGCGUCAUGGAUUCGCGGUGUUCCAUCCUUGCUGUUUUGGCUCUCUGCCUCUCCUAUUCUACCACUAUUUCCGCCAACAGGAAAUAUGGUUGCCUGUUUGAAGAUGAACUCUGCACACCGUACGAGUUUUGCACCAACGAUGGAGUGUUUGGAAGGUGUCAGGAGUUACAAGGGGAAGAUCUCUACACAUAUAAGGUGUCCCCCUUGGCUCUCCAGCGCCUCAGGACACUCCUACAGAAACUGACUCACCAAGGGUUGACCUGGCAGGAUGACGUCACCCAGCGGGUCAUCUCCAGAGAGUUGUCCAGGCUGCACAAGGUUCCGCUCCGCCGGCCUGCCCCACCUAUUUCUCCCCUGGCUCACCACCAAGACAGGACGCUGAGGCCAGGCGAGGCAGAGCUCGGCCGGAAGCUCCAGCAACACCUGAAGGACAUGGGCUUCCUCCCCCAGACUGUGGGCACCACUCGUCUGGGGGUCCAACGAGAAAGGCCCCUCACACAGGACUUUCAGAAUGAUGGCCGUGUGGGCGACACCCAGCCCAAGUCACAGGGUUGGGGAAAGACCACCUUCUACAGCCUUCAGCCCCAGGGUCUUAAAGCCCUUAUCCAGGGAAAGACUGGCAAGAUCCCCCCAAUGGCAGCAGCCUACUCCAGUACAUAUCCAGGCAAGGCCAGACCCCGACUCCUGGCCUCCCAGCUGGAAAGCUACCUCUCUACGCUUCCCACCAGCCAGAACCGCCCUGGAUCACCAGAGGAAAAGCCCAAGGCAAAGGUCCACUACUUCAGCUACGUCAGCCAUCCUCCCAGCGAUGGGGAAACCAAGGGUGGAUCUAAACCUCCCAAGCCCAAGAUAGAAAAACUGAUCUUCAAGUCUGGAUCAAACCGCCCUGUGUCCAAGCAGCCCCUCAGUCCCACGGAUGAGCGCUUCAUCCAGAACGUGGUCAACCAGCUGGGGAGACACAGCAUCAACAUGGGGACCCUCAGGGGCCCCAACCUGGACCAGCUGGCUGAUGUCAUUGCCGGGGCCCUGCAGGGGGUGGAUGGGCAGGGCCCAAAGCCCAGGACCAGACCGGAGGCCAAGAGAGAACCGCUGGACACCGUGGACCAGGAUCUGGACCAGGACCAGGACCAGGAUGUAGAUACGAUUCAACAAGACAUGUUGGAGAGAGACGCGACACGUCAAGGGCAACCAAUUGGUGAUGUGGAGAAAGAGCCAGACAUGAAGGAUACAGCUUUCCUCAGCAAGCUCCUGCACUACCUGGACCUGGACCCCUUCAGGGAUGCUCCGGGCAGCCCAGCGCAGCCCAGCGGGGUCUCUCCGGGGGCUGGCCCCCAGAGGACGGUCGGCCUGGAGAACGUCCAGAGCCGGACCACCCAGGGUCAGGUGCCUAUCCCCCACCCCUGGGAGGAGAGGAACGUGGCUGAAUCCCGGACGGACGAGGGGGGGGACCUGAGCGGCCCUCUGGAGGUGGUGGGGGCGGCCGUGGUGGUGGACACUGAGGUGGAGAGGUGGAGGACGGAGACCCCCCCGACCCAGGCCCGGGUGGAGCCCCAGAAGAAGGACAUGAAGGUGAAGCAGGAGGUGGUCCACCUCGGGGUGAAGGCCUUCUCCACCAAGGGGAAGGACAGUAGUGACUUUGGCUACAUUAUCACAGACUCAGACUCCCUUCCCACCGACCAGGGCUUGGACCUGAUGGAGCGACUGGCUCAACGCCUCAACCUCCGCCUCACGGAUCUCCAACAGCUCUCGGUGCUGGGUCCGGCCGUGACCUUCAGAGUGGGGCCCAACCCUCACAAUGUCAGCACUGCAGACGUGGCCCACGUCGCAGCCCAGCAGAAGCAGCAGCUGGAGCAGGAAGCGGGUCUGAAGAUCCUGGAGUCUGGAGUCAGUGAUAGGGCCAGUCUGACCCAGAUCCCGGUGGUGAAGGAGACCAGGGUGGAGUCAGGCCAGUUCCUGGUCCUCAGCGUCCUCUCCAUGCUCUUCAUCCUGGGCGUGCUGGUCUCCUCUGGAGCCCUCUUCUUCCUCCGCCAGCGCUCCCACCUCCAAAUGAAGGAGAAGCUGGUCAGCCUUGGGACUGACACCGGCGCGGAUGCCACCGCAACCUAUCAGGAGCUCUGUCGCCAGCGCAUGGCGGUGCGGACCUCGGAGCGCGUGGAGCGGCCGGAGACGCGGCGUCACUCGCGCCUCAACAGCGUGUCGUCCCAGUUCAGCGACGGGCCGGCGGCCAGCCCCUCGGCUCGCAGCAGCACCUCCUCCUGGUGCGACGAGCCCGUCCCCUCCAACAUGGACAUAUCCACCGGUCACAUGAUCCUGUCGUACAUGGAGGACCACUUGAAGAACAAGAACCGUCUGGAGAGGGAGUGGGAGGCACUGUGCAGCUACCAGGCCGAGCCCAGCACCUGUGAUGUGGGGAAGGGCGAGCAGAACAACAAGAGGAACCGCUCGGACGCUGUGAUCGUGUAUGAUCACUCCCGGAUCACCUUGAAAGCAGAGAAUAACCACGGCAAUUCUGAUUACAUCAACGCCAGCCCAAUAAUGGACCACGAUCCACGGAACCCCACCUACAUCUCCUCUCAAGGCCCACUACCCUCUACAGUAGCAGACUUCUGGCAGAUGGUGUGGGAGAACGGCUGUGUGGUCAUCGUCAUGCUGACGCCCCUGUCAGAGAAUGGGGUCAAACAGUGUCACCCCUACUGGCCGGACGAGGGCUCCGACAUCUACCACAUCUAUGAGGUCAACCUGGUGUCAGAACACAUCUGGUGUGAGGACUUCCUGGUCAGGAGUUUCUACCUGAAGAACCUACAGACCAAUGAGACCCGCACCGUCACCCAGUUUCACUUUCUGUCCUGGGUGGAGCGUGGCAUCCCCGACUCGGCCAGAACCCUCCUGGACUUCCGCAGAAAGGUUAACAAGUGCUACCGGGGUCGAUCUUGUCCUAUCAUUGUCCACUGCAGUGAUGGAGCGGGCAGGAGUGGAACGUACAUUCUGAUCGACAUGGUUCUCAAUAGAAUGGGCAAAGGUGCUAAAGAGAUUGAUAUUGCCGCUACCCUGGAGCACUUGAGAGACCAAAGACCCGGCAUGGUCCAGACAAAGGAGCAGUUUGAGUUUGCACUGACAGCCGUGGCAGAGGAGGUGAACGCCAUCCUUAAAGCCCUUCCUCAGUGAGGAGUGCCGCGUCGCCAAGCAACACUUCCUUUGCCCGCUCGAGACUCAAACAUCUCCUCUCCUAGUCCACACUCUGUCCUCUCUCUUUCCCUCUCUCCGUCUAUACCUCUAUACCUAUGAAUGUUGUGCCAGAUUCUCAACCUGGGCUAUUUUAACUGUGAUGUACUGUUUCAAGUUACUGAACAUCUGUUUCAAGUGUCACUGACAGACACAUAGACGAGAUGAAGUGUUUUGCUGCCACAUUGUGACCCGAAUGAAGUGAACAGUUAUACUCAAACAAGCAUCAGAUCUGUUGUUUUUGAUGUGUGUACAGUAUAUUGUAUUCUAGGACUUAAAAUUUGUGUUCUCUUAAUAGAGACUGCUUUAGGAAAGUUAAGGCUUCAUUCUUGACAGUAUAUACCUAUGAGGUUUCCUUUCAAAUUUGCCUUUUGUUUGAUUGUUUUAAUAGUUUGCUAGUUUUUUUUGUUAGACUUUUUGUUGUUGCUGUAGACUGCUUUUGCUUGUUUAUUUAUGCAAAUAUACUUUGUUAUAUCAAACAGUUAAUAUCAGGAAUAUUAAAAUAUAUAUUAUAAAUGAGUAGUGACUAGUUACUAACAACAUCACCAGAUUAAGGAGAAAUAUAUUGACAAUGUGAAUAUAUUUGUUUAAUUCACUUAAUUCAUGAUAUUUUGUGAUGUGUGUGCAACUUGACAGAUCAAUUCCAUCUAUAGACUUUGAACUAAUGGGUUAUAUAGCUCUAUCUACCUAAUGUUUACUGAAGUCCUCAAUGGAAACCAUAUAUUUUGUGUGAAAAACC